GAAAAUAUUCAAAUAAUAGAAAAAUAUUAAAAUCGAAUCAUUUUUUUUGUCUUCAUAUAGAUUUUCACCAAAUGAUAGUAAAUUUGCCAGUUGUUCCGAUGAUAGUUUUAUUCGUAUAUUUGAUUUUAUGACUGGUACUGAAGAACGUGAAUUACGAGGUCAUGGAUGUGAUGUAAAAUGUGUUGAUUGGCAUCCACAUAAAGGUAUACUUGUUUCUGGUAGUAAAGAUUCUCAACAACCAAUUAUUAUUUGGGAUCCAAAAAGUGGAAAAAAAUUAGCAACACUUCAUGCUCAUAAAAAUACAUGUAUGGCAUUAAAAUGGAAUCGUCAUAAUGGAAAUUGGUUAUUAUCAGCAUCACGUGAUCAUUUUUGUAAAUUAUUUGAUAUAAGAAAUCUUAAAGAAGAAGUUCAAUGUUUUCGUGGACACAAAAAAGAAGCAUGCACAUUGGCAUGGCAUCCGAUACACGAACGCCUUUUUACAAGUGGAGGAUCCGAUGGUUCAAUCUAUUUUUGGCUUGUCGGAACAGAAAAGGAAUUAGCCGGUAUGGAUGAUGCCCAUGAAGGUAUGAUAUGGGAUAUGUCGUGGCAUCCUCUUGGUCAUAUGCUCGUUAGUGGUUCAAAUGAUCAUACCACACGAUUUUGGACUCGUAAUCGAUCUGGUGAUACUGUACUUGAACGAAGUGAAGAAGGACUAUUACUUCAUGCUGCACGUCUUGAACAAUUACAUCGCGAAGAAUUAGAACAUGAACGUUCAAUGGAAAUGAAUAUGCCUGGUUUAGGUUUUGAAGGUGGUAUACUUGAACAAUUACAACAACAACAAGAUGAGUUAACCAAUCAACGUGAAGUUGGUAUACCUGGUCUAGAGUUUUCAAAUGAAGAUGAAGAAAGUCGACGAAGACGUGCACCAUUUGCCAAACCUGUACCUAAAUCAUUUGAAGAAGCAUGGCGUUCUGUUGAUACAUUUUCUGGUUCGAUGGAGCAAGAUGAUCCUUUUUAUUCUCAGGCACCUCCGCCACCAGCAAGCUUUUCACAUGGAGUACCUUCAAUACUCGACGAUUAUUCUCGAAAUAGUGUACCAUCUGAUUAUGAUACUCGUGGUGGUGGUGGUCCACCAAUGAAACGACAACGUCAUGACGUUUUUAAUGAUGGUCAUUGGGCUAAUGCACCAACUGAUCGACGAGGAAUGGGUUAUUCAUCAAUACCACCAUCUCAAGCAUCUCACUGGCGGCAGCAUACUAACGAAUUACCAGCAAGUGCCAAUAAUAUAUUAGAUGAAACACUUGGUGAUACGUUAACUGCUGCACAACAAGGUGUUUCACCAUUUUUUCAAACAGCUACUGAUGAAGAAAUACGAGGAUUUAAUCAAACAUUAAAAAUAUUUCAAAAAUGA